AAUUAACUUGAGAAGAAAGUAUGGAAUGUGUUAAAGAGUCUUGCAGAAACUCCACUUGGAUCUCUCUUACUUACUCCAUUAUUUUCCUCUUCUCUCCCAUCUCAUUAAAAUAGGAACAGAAAUGGAGAGCUCUACGUCUUUAGCCAUCGUUCUUCAUCAGUCUUCCAAUCAUGACGAACUCUUCAUGCAGCAGACUCUUCAAUUCUCACAAACUCUCAAGGAUUUAAAGAACUUGCGGAAACAGUUAUACUCAGCUGCUGAGUACUUCGAAACAUCUUAUGGCAAAGAAGAACACAAAGAAACGGUGAUAGAGACGUUGAAAGAAUAUGCAGCCAAGGCAUUAGUGAACACAGUGGAUCAUCUUGGUUCUGUCUCUGAUAAAUUCAACUCUUUUCUCUCUGAUAACUCUGCCCAUUUCUCCACCACUCGUCUUCGUUUAUCUUCUCUCGAACAAAGGAUGAAACUAUGUAGAGAGUACAUGGGAAAGAGCGGGAGUUCUCAGCAUCGCUUUCAAGUUCAAUCUCCUCACCAUCAUAAGCGUUAUUUCUUCCCUCAAGAACAUGGAAGAGGCACAAGUUUCGCUGCAGGAGAUGACUCACAUCGGUUCAAGAGUGCUGUUCGAUCAACAAUACUAGAAAACCACCCAAAUAAUGCAAGGAAAACCAACAAGACAGGAAGCUUCUCCUUCUUACACAACAACAUCAGCAACAUAACACCAAGUAAAAUAACAAAGUCUCCUAUGAGAUUUCCUCUCAUACGUUCAGGAUCUCUACUGAAACGUUCAAGCUCCCCAAGCCAGCCAAGACUACUGGCCUUACCGGAACCACAAAGAGCGAUAUCUAUGUCGACAAGUAGAGAGAUAGUGGAAAUACAGCAAAAAUCUUCAUUGAGAAAGGGGAAGAAGAGUCUGAUGCUCAAGGCAUUGAUGAGUAUGAGCAGUAAGUCCAGAAACUAAAUAAAUCUUGUAUUCUUACGUUAAUAUGUACAAAAUUAAUAUGUGAAAUAUGAAGAGAGAAGAAAUAAUGCUCACCCACAGUGAUAUUCACUUCUUUCUAUGCUCUCUCCAGCUUUGAUAUUGGACUAUAGAGUCAAUCAACACUUUUUUUGUCAAUUGACUGUGCUCUUCAAUGCAUCAAAAUUGUUUUUUAUC